UAUUGGAGGCAAAUUUUAAAAAACUAUUUUGGGAAAAGAAAAUUUUCUAAAAAUAACUGAAAGAGAAGUCACCUACAAUCUAAAAAUAUGUCUUUUCUCUUUAGACCUCGUGUUGUGAAGCUUGUAUUUCUACGCCUUAAACAGUGAAAAUGGCAGAGGGGCAGGUUUCAAACGCAAACCAUGAAGAACUGAUAAGAAAGGUGGAUGAUUUGGAAAAACGUCUGCAGACCAAAGAUGCAGAAAUUCAAGUCUACAAAAUGCUCAUGUCUCAAAUGGAGGAAGAGGCAGCGACAGCAAAAAAAUACAAGGCCCUUCACGAAAAGCAAACCCAAGACGUGGACGGCUUAAGGACAGAAUCUGAGAAAACGUUAACGAAGGCGAAGAGUAUGAUCUUUGAGAAGACAAAAAUCAUUAAAAACCAAGAAUUACAGAUAGAAGCGUUCACCCAACAGAUCGAAUCUCUUAGAGAAGUGGUACGCAUCACAAAAGAUCUUCUAGAAAUCAGAAAUAUGGAAGUAAAGCAACUUGAAAUCAAGAUCGAAUCCAUAGAAGGUAAGCAAAAAGCUGAGAAGGAACGGUACGACCUAAUGCAUAAAAAACUGGAAAUGAUGAUCAGACACAACGCAGAGUUGAAAAGAGAAUAUGAAACUCAGUUGUGCCUUUUCACUGCUUUAAGAGAAAGAUAUAGCGAGAGAGAGUUAGCUAAAGAUGUAAUUGAGAACUUAAAGACACCAACACUAAAAAUUGCUAGUCAAAAUGAAGACAACACGACACAAAAGGAAAUAUCAGUAGUACCUAACCAAGAAAAACCAAUUGAAAGUACUGUAGAAGACAAACAAAAGUCAGCUGCUGAGCAGAAUACAACUACGACUGUAGAAUCUGCCCCACCAACAAAUCAGCCUGAGUCUAACAAAGUAGUACCCGUUGACCAAAAUAAAAAUGCAACACCUACUGAAAUUGUACCUAAAAUAGAAGAUUCUAUUCCAGUUCCAAAUGAAGUUGUUCCUGAACCCAGCAAGCUAGAAAACAAUGUUGUUGAGCCAAAUAAGCAGACAGAAACUAACAAUAAUACAAAUUCGUCUGAACAGAAGGCUCAAGAACCAGUUAUUACUGCACCUGAGACAGUCGUUAAACAAGAAACAGCUGCCGGACAAAGCAACACCAUUUCUGAACAGACUGUAGUUAAGACUGAAGCUUCUGUUGCAGCUCCAGUAGAUCAGACAAAUCAAGAUGUGGUUGCACAACCUGCUAACGUUGUACAAACACCAUUAGCGAGUGACGUCAAAGCAGCUGUUUCCGUUGAUAGCAAUCCAGUCAACAAAGAAGCCAGUCUUAAUGAAGGAGCAUCACAACCAACAAAUGAAGCCCCAGUUGUGGAUCUAGUCAAUGUAUCAGCACCAGCACCCCAAGUGACUAGUGUUGAGAAAAAAGAAUAAUGUUGUAAUUUUUAAAUUUAAUGUUAGCAUUUACAGGUUCUGAAUGUUAUGUGUAUUGUUGAUGUGAAUAAAUUUGUAUAGUUUCA